UGGACACAAAUUUCAAUCAGAUUUCGCCCAAUUGCGUACAUUUUAUUUAAAAACGUGACAUGUGAAACCCGAAGAAAAUUACUUGGCCAAAUUGAAAGAGCUUAUUGAAUUGAAUUGAUGGCGACGAUAUAUAAAAGUCUUCUUCAGCCUCUGGCGCAAUGGGUGAUGGCGGAGCAGCCGCGGCGGUAGGGGUUGGCCUGCUGGUGCGAGAGGCAGUUGUAGUACGAGUUGCCGCGUCUCCGGCACGGGAUGGUGUCGGCGGCCAAGGCGGCGUAGCUUAUGUACCGCGUCUGGGCCAGAACCCGCCGGCUCAUCUCCGAUUCCAUCGACAUCUCCUCCCCCUCCCCGCCGCAGUCUCCGACCAGAUCUCCUCCUCCGCCGCCGCAUCUCGCUCUCGCACGGCGGGUCAGUAGCGCCGCGUGGCGGUCCACCGGCACCGCCGACGAUUCCGCGGCUGGAAUCAUCGCCGCCGAUGAUAAUGUCAGGACCACAAUC